AUGCCAGACCCAGCUCAAAGACGAGCCCAAGCCCGAAGCCGCCUCCAGAACCAGCUUCGUCAAAGAAAAACCAAAGAUGGCAAACCUCCCACCCUCGAGCAACUCGAACAAAUGUGCGAGGAAGACGUCAAGCGUCUCGUAGCCCACAUCAACUUCGUGACAGAAAUAGGAAUCUCAGACAUGACAGCGCCUCUCUGGACUCACCUAUUGUGUUGGCUCGAAGAGGGCGUACAAAGAAUUGAAGUGGCCGGCGGACCCUAUAAAAGGGCGGAUUUUCAACAUGCCAGUCGUCUCCACUCCUCACAAGCCGAUAAAUGGCAGCACAUCGAAGAAGCGAAGUGCGUCCUUGCCAACCUGCAUGUCCUGGUUCCCCAGCUUCCCCCAGGCCAUCGACUCCUCAAUCCCGGACGGCUUGGCCUGCGUCCGACAAGUGAAGUGACGCAAUAUGAAGUCGCCCACGCUAAUGAUCCUGAUGAUCCGGUGGGCACUCGCGGCUUCCAGUCCGCGGUGAGAGACUUUGAGAGGCUGGGGAUUCCGCUACCACCGCAGAUUGCGCUUUUCAUACUUUCCAUUGACGCACCUCUCCAGUCCAGAGACUGUGAAAAGGCUCUAGAUGUCAUGGAGAGAUCACUUAUAGGGUUCAAAGUGGAUCAGCAGCAGUCGGCCACUACCUUUGGGCAAGAGAAGGCGACGAAGGCCACUGUCAAACGCCUGGAGAAAUGGAUCGACCAGACGAAGUCGAGGUUUGCCAGCAGAAAGAAGCCUGACAAUCCAGGGUCGACUAGCCGUCGUAGACGAGAUGGAGAGAUUUCUACCUGA